UCAGAAAAGUCCCUGCAACAGCUCUGAAAAUUCGAGAGCAAUAAGAACAGAAGAAAAGAAAAGUAUUGAACGGAAACGAUAAAGCUAAGAUUACCCUCCGGAAGAAGGAAACAUAUCAAUUUGAUUUUGACCCAAAUCGCCAAACAACAAAACCAACCGAGUCCCGCAACUUUGCGUAAUUUUGUUUUCUGCUGCAGCGCCAAAGUUUCCUUAAUUCCUUCCAUCCCUCGUGUCUUUCUGUAUAGCGUCCACGUUUACUCAAAUGUCUUCACUUUCACUUCUAUUUUCCCAAACCAGACCACCGUUUCAUGUCCCCGAUUCUAUAAUCCGUUAUCUUGAAAACCCAUUUCGAUUUUAUUCUACAGUACCUUUGUUUGCUCUUUUGGUAGCAACCCAUGAGGCUCUACGUAUACGUAUUGGAAGGGAAAGGUUUUCCGGUGAAGGAUGUCUAUGUGAAAGUCCGAGUUGGGAAGUUGAAGUCCAAGACUAGGACAUUGAGAAACAGCAUGAACCCAAUUUGGAAUGAGGAGUUUGAGUUCAGGGUCCAUGAUGUGGAUCAAGAGGUUGUUGUCUCAGUUUUACACCUUGAUGAUGACUCCAGAUUGUUCACUGGCUCUGGGAAUUUAAUGGGUCGAAUUAGGAUUCCGGUUUGCUAUGUAGCGGCUGAGGACAAUCAGACCUUGACACCCACAUGGUUUCCUCUUGAAAAACCCAAGACUGAGAAGUUUAUCAAUAAAGAUUUUGGGAAAAUUUUUCUGACUAUGUCUCUGCAUGGGAAGAUGCAUGAUGCUUCAACCAAGCACUUCCUUCCUGCUCAUUCAAAUGUAAACACCUUUUCUAACGGGGAAUUGGAAGGUCCAUGGGUAUCUUCCCAUGAUAUAUCAAGUUGCAAAGCUCCAUACCUGAAGAUAGCAGAAGGGAAACACUUGGUGAAGGCUUUUGCUACCCGUCUGGAGAAGCUUUUCAACAAAGAUGAGGAAACCUCGAGAUGUGAUGAUUCUUCAGAGAUAUCCAUCACGCUAUCUGAUUCUGAAGAUUGCGUAGAAGAACAUCCCCCUACCAUUAGCUUUGAAGAAGCCCUAGAGAUGAUAAAAUCAAAAGACUGUGGACAAGGAAUGCCGGAUAAUUUGCAGGGGGGUAUUAUUCUUGAUCAGUCGUAUGUAGUGUCUCCAAAAGAUCUUAACAACUUUCUUUUUGCACCGGAUUCACAGUUCAGGAGAGAUCUGGCGGCUCUACAGGGCACAACAGAUGUACAAGAAGGUCCUUGGACAUGGAAAUCUGCAGACACGUCUCAGUUAACUCGACUUGUUACCUAUACAAAAGCUGCUACAAAGUUAGUUAAGGCUGUUCAAGCAACAGAAGAGCAAAACUACAUCAGAGCGAAUGGACAAGAAUUUGCUAUCUUCAUUAGUGUUAGCACACCCGAAGUUCCAUAUGGUGGUACAUUCAAAAUUGAGCUGCUCUACAAGAUAAUGCCAGGACCAGAGCUACCUUCAGGAGUGGAAUCAUCUCAUGUCGCAGUGUCUUGGGGCAUCAAUUUCCACCAAAGUACUAUGAUGAAAGGCAUGAUAGAAGGAGGAGCUCGUCAGGGACUGAAGGAGAGUUUUGACCAGUUUGCACAUUUUCUGGAACAGAGUUUUAAGGUACCAGAUACCAUGCAUGCGUCAGAUAAGGAUCAUAUGAUCAGAAGUUUGCAAACAGAGCACCAGUCAGAUAGGAAAUUCGCAUUAGAAUACUUUUGGAACUUCACUGUAAUUUCCACCUUUUUUAUGAUCAUGUACGUCAUUGUACAUAUUCUGUUCUGUGAGCCCAGCAAAGUCCAAGGCCUGGAAUUUAGUGGACUUGAUUUACCGGACAGUUUUGGACAACUUAUCACUGGUGGGAUUUUAUUUCUUCAGUUGGAACGUGUGUAUGAUAUGAUCUCACAUUUCAUACAAGCCAGGCUGGAAAGAGGAAGUGAUCAUGGAGUCAAAGCUGAAGGUGAUGGAUGGGUUCUUACUGUAGCUUUGGUUGAAGGAACCAGUUUAGCAUCCUUGGACCCAGCAGGAUUCUCAGAUCCCUAUGUGGUUUUCACCUGCAAUGGUAAAACAAGAACAAGCUCUGUUGACCUUCAAACUCGUGAUCCUCAAUGGAAUGAGGUUUUUGAGUUUGAUGCUAUGGAAGAACCACCCUCAGUUUUGGAUGUGGAGGUUUUUGAUUUCGAUGGUCCAUUUGAUCAGGCUACCUCUCUUGGGCAUGCUGAGAUUAACUUUUUGACACACUCCUCUACCGACCUGGCAGAUAUGUGGGUCUCCCUUGAGGGAAAGCUUGCCCAGACUUCACAGUCGAAGUUACACCUGAGAAUAUUUUUGGACAACAACAAUGGAAUUGAAACAAUGAAGGAGUAUUUAACUAAGAUGGAAAAGGAAGUUGGAAAGAAGUUGAGUUUACGGUCACCUCACAGGAAUUCAGCAUUUCAGAAGCUUUUCAAGUUGCCGCCAGAAGAGUUUCUUAUAAGUGACUUUUCGUGCUGUCUGAAGAGAAAAUUACCCUUACAGGGACGAAUCUAUCUAUCUGCCAGAAUUGUCGGAUUUUAUGCUAAUCUUUUUGGUCAUAAGACCAAAUUUUUCUUUCUCUGGGAGGAUAUAGAAGACAUCCAAAUAUUUCCCGCAUCUUUGCCAUCUCUAGGCAGUCCUUCACUGGUCAUAAUUUUGAGAAAAGGUCGAGGUCUUGAUGCAAGGCAUGGUGCAAAGUCCCAAGAUGAAGAAGGCAGGCUUGGAUACUAUUUUCAGUCUUUCGCAUCAUUCAAUGUAGCCAGCAGGACAAUUAUGGCCUUGUGGAGAACAAGAACUCUGGCACCUGAAGAGUGGGCCCAAAUUGCUAAAGAGCAGCAAGAUGAAGAAGAAAGCUCUAUUGGGGUUGAAGACGCUGGAUCCUUUCUAUUCGAGGUUGAGGAUGCAAAGAUAUCCAAAGUUUAUGCUACCAAACUUCCUAUGAACAUAAAAUCACUUAUGGAAAUGUUCAAUGGAGGAUUGAUGGAACAUAAGAUUAUGGAAAAAUCUGGUUGUCUUAAUUAUGCGACCACCGCAUGGGAACCCGUGAAACCUGGAGUACUUGAACGUCGUCUCUCUUACAAAUUCAAUCGUCAUGUUUCAAUUUUCGGAGUGGAAGUCACCUGCACACAACAGAAAUCUUCCAUGACAAAUGAUGAAGGUUAUAUAGUCAAUGAGGUUAUGGUGCUUCAUGAUAUACCAUUUGGUGACCACUUUCAUGUUCAUUUUAGGUACCAGAUCGAGAAGUCUGCCCUCGCGCAUAAUGUAUGCAAGUGUGAUGUUUUUGUAGGAAUCAGUUGGCUGAGAAGUACCAAGUUCCAGCAACGGAUAACUCGAAACAUAAUUGAGAAGUUUACCUAUCGGCUGAAGGGAAUAUUUGAACUGGUUGAGAAAGAGAUUCUUUUAGCAACUCAACAAGAUAGUUCCAUUUGACAAAUGUUUCAGAUCGUCAUAACAGUUUAUUUACAACAAUAAACUGAUUGAAAUGUGGGAACACAUAUUUUUUUUUUGUUGUUGCAUGCUUAAUCCACUGCUUGAG